CAGAAGACAAAGAGGGAUAUCAGAUGGCUUCAAGGAGUGACUGGUGAAUGGUUUGAAGAAAUCCAAAGGAAAAAGUUUUGUAAUGAAACAGAUGUUAGCCAAAUGUUAAAACAACCGCUUACACAUAGGCUGAGAAAGGGGAUGGCAGAAAAUGAUCCUGUGGAAUUACAAACAUCAAGAUCUAAAAAUAUACUCAAUCAAAGAAACCCAACAUCCAUUCCUUCUCGGCUGAGCUUCAGAUCAUCAUUUGCUUCCUUGUUCUCAUUCAGAAAAUCCAGAAAGGAGACUUCAAAGCUUCAGUCGCUGGGACAGAAAGGGUGUGAUGGCCACACACCUUCUGUGUCUGUGAAGGGAACCACUUUGCAGUCAAAAAAAUACAAUUCACCUCUGGAAAGCCAAGCCACUGACAGUGCAACUGUCCCCAAGCCAGCAAGCAUGAGGGAGGGAAGUCCUGUCCCUCCGUGGGAUGGUUCACUGCUGGAGGAUGAGUUCUUCCAAGUUUUAGAUGAUUUGGAUAGCAAACUGGCUCAGGAACAAUCUCCAAGCUCAGUGAAUACCAGAACACCUCUCAACAUUGGAUCAAGGACACAGUUCAGUCGUUUUUACUCCAGUGGGAGCAAAUACAAUCAUAUCACAGGAAGGCACAAAAAUUGCUAUAAUGAAACUUCUAAUAUGUCUAUCUAUGAUGUCUUAAGACCAGGAACCCCUAGGGAAGGUUUCAAAACCUUUUCUCCUAGAACAAGGACAAUCUAUGAUAUGUAUAGGACAAGGGAACCCAGAGUUUUAAAAGAAGAUUAUGUGCAAAAGAACACUUUUGGUAGUACUUCUCUGUGUUUCGACAGCAGGCAACAAUCAGCCUCAUCAGCUACAGGAUAUUUCAAAGCAAGAAGCUUAUAUUUUCCAGCCACAACUCAGAAUAAGACUGGGUUUAUAUCACCAAGCCACCAACAGAGCCCAAAGAGAACUCCUUUAUCAUCUAUCAUAUGGAAUAGAUCAGAUUCUUCUAGAGAUAGGCAGAACCAGGAAGAAUUCCUGGAGGCACCAUCACCAAUGGAAAUUGACCCUGCUGACCAGUAUAUGUAUCCCAGGUGUUUCCAGGAGAAUAGGAGAUAUGAAUUUUACCAUUCACAGAGUGUUUACCAAAGUGUUGGCUUAAAUGUUCCCAUAGAUAAUGCAAUGAAUCCUGACCCAUUUGAGAACUCAGAAAAUAUGCCAUUCUACCAUGAAGAUAACCCAUUUACUGGGUCUUUCUUUAGCAAUACCUUUGGACGGAGCAGGGGACAGAGAUUUGGACAAAAUCCUUUUUGGGGCCAACAGGAAGAACAUUCUUCUUCUGGCUUUCAUCAAAGCAGGAAACCAUUUACUUCUUCUGACAGAGACUUUGAAAUGAUCUCCACUGAAGUAAACAGUGCACUAGCUGGGCAUGGCCAUAGUGUUCCUUCUCAUCUCUGGGGGUCAUUUUCUCCUGGUUACAGAACAAAUAUUUCCAGAAACCAACAGAUACCACACCCCUGGCAGCUUGAUUCUCAGACAUCCACACUGGAGAGCAUGGAGGUGUCACAAGGUAAUGGGAACCAGUCUACUCAUUUCAGCCCAGCCAAUGUAUGUUCCAUGACUGGUGCAAGCUAUCACAUGAAAUCUGGUGGGUUAGAAUGUUCUCCUAUGGAAGUACAUGUAAACAAAGAACCUUACUCAUUUGGAAUUGCUCAAACUCUAGCAUCCCCGUUCAGAAGUACCUUCCUGCAUAUUCCUGAUGACAGAGGGAAUUCUCAGAGUCCUAACUUUCAGAUUCCCACAGUCACUUUGCAGAAAGUUAAGCCGGCCUCUCUUCCAAUCAGAAACUAUACAGAAGUCACUGUGACCAACAAUGUUUCAGUUGAUUCUCUGCCUCCGACUGAAAGCCAAGCCAAUGUCUUGGUCACAGAAGUAAGUAAUGAGAAAGACUUGAAGGCAUCUGUUUUGGAAAAAGACAAAAAAAUAAACAAGAUAGACCAGCCAAACAUGACAGGUGAAAUACCCCAACUUGUUUCACAGACAAUAAUUUCUAACCCUUUACCUGAUGUUCAAAAUCCCCUUUCCCAGGACUCAGACAAGAGCAACAGAUUUGUUUUUAGUGCAUCUACCACAGUAAGUUCAAAAAGGUUGCCUGGAGUCAUUUCCAGGAGAGAUACCUCCAAAAUUCAUAAAGCCAAUGAACUGAAAAAAGCUAAGAGUUAUACUGGGAACAGAAAACUUGACUCAGCAACUUCCCUUCCUUUCAUUCAGGAAAGCAGAACAACAUCACUUUUUCUCAGCCCAAAUCAAGUUUGUCACCAGGAGUUAACAGUAAGUAAUGAAAAUAUUUCAAGCAUUGUUAAAAAUAACCACGGGAGUUCUGAACAUACUGAUAAUCAACGCCCACAGUCUCCAGAAAAGCUUGCUCCUUUAGAUACCAAGGGAGAACAAUGUAUCACGACUUAUUCUAGCAACUGCAGCAAGUCAGAUGCUGAUCAAAACAUGCCCCAUAAUUCUUUAGAUCUGUCUUCAGCAGCACUACCAGAUUCCUCACCAUCAAAUGAUUCUGGCCUUGAUGCUCUGGUAAUUCCUUCUACCACAGUGUUCUGGAAAUGUGCUUCAAGUAAAGAUCCAUCUCUGGGAGAAAGAGAAGACAAUGGUUACAUGAACCAAAAUAGUCAGUUUUCCCUAAGUCACUUAGAAAACCAAACGAGUAAUGAUAAUGGUGCACCUGUACAUAAUGAAGAGGUUAAUGUUGUCAAAUGCCCGUCACAACCUCUUUUCAAGGGUGGAAAGGGAAAAGGAAAAAUAAGACAACGCAUAUCCUACAUCGAAACAAGCAAAACAGAAAGUAGAUCAGUGCCUACAAGUGAAAGCAACACUCUCACUGAGGGAACUCAGAGCAAUUCCAGGUCUCCUGAGCGUCAUGAGAUUUAUUGUACUUUACCGAGAAAAUCAGCCGUUUUUCUCAUUGGUAACAGGAAGCCUGAAAGUACGACUAUGCCUUCUUUGUUUAGGAACGAGCCAGUUGCAUUACCAAUCAAAAAUGAUGUGGAAGAUCCAAUAGGAAAGUACACAUCAAAAAAAUCCAGUCCCAGUCCUUGUGAAUCAGAGAGCGAAUGUUCCAAAGUCGUUUCGGACUCAGUCUCAGUAGCACUUGAAGCCACAGAAGGGAUGACAAAGAAGAUGAACAUUGGAUCUGCUUCUGUUAGAAAGGGGCCACUUCCAGUCCUCAUCAAGAGGGCUGUGUCAUGUCCUUCAGAAGUGCUUUAUGCCUCACCUGGAAGAGAUGAAAGAGAAAAAUGCUUGAUUUCUGAUACAGAUACUUCUACUAUAACACUGAGGCCUUGGGAGAGACUCAUUAACCCUCUGGGAAGUGACUCGUCUGUUUGUGAAUGUUCUUUAAGCAAGAAACACCACCAGGAGGAAUACAUACAAGAAUGUACUGAAAAGAAUGGUAAAAUUUCUGCCUCCAAGACAGGCAUAUUUUCCCAUCCAAAUGAACACCCUUUACCUUUUUCUUCAGAUAUGUCAGGACAAGAAACUGGGAAAACUUUACAUAAAUUUAAGACUACGAGUAUGUUUUCUGUUUCUGGUGAUGAAGAUAAUGUGAAGUGUCUUGAGGUGGUUUCAAUAUAUUAUACUCUACCAAGGAAGCACAGCAAAAAAUUCUGUGACCUUCUUCAAAAGUAUACACAAGACAUCGAUUCACUUACAGAAUCAACUAAAGUGGGGAUUAAAACAUCUAAUGCUUUAGAAAAAGACCAACUGAAUUGUCCUGCGCAAGGCCAGUCAGGAACACCUUUGUCUAAAGAUACCUCUGCUCAGGAGACCAGCCAUCCUUCUCACAUCACUGAAAAUAUGACUGUUUUACAAUUACCAAGUGUUGAGUCCUCAGAAUCUACAUUACAGGAAAUGGCUUCUAUUGAAGCAGAUGUUUCUCUUCAUAAACAAGAACCUAAAACUGGAGAAAUUUCCCCAUACAACUUGGCUAAAACACCUCCACCUGAUUCACAAAGCAGGAAAGAGAAUGAGAAAAAAUUGCAAAGUGAAACUGUGUUUACUUCACCAACGCUUCAGGAAAAAAAAGUUACAAGGGAGAAAUCUGAAACUUGUCCACAAUCCAUUAAAUCAGAUGACAGUGGUUUUUCUAACCUCCCAGCCCAUUCAGAAGAGAAUGUUGAAAACUCCCACAUCAUAAGAAGUUCUGGGGAGCAUACAGGUAGUGAUACAGCCAUUACAGCUACUGGAAGUCUUCAAAAAGAUAUCGCAGGCACAGCUACAGAGGAGAGCUCCAAUGGAUUGCAGCCUAGGAUAGUCAGAGGGGAAAUUAGAGAAGAUUUCCCCCCAAACUCUGAGAAACCACUUUCUGACUCAGAAAGCCAAGUCUUUGCUCUUACUCCAGCCUUGAGUAAACUACAGCUUGAUGAGACUUGUUCAAGUGAACAAGAUUUAGACAGUUCACAGUCUGAACCCAGAGAACUACUUAAAAGAAGACAGGAGGUAAAUACAACGCAGAGCAAGGCUAAAGAUGAAAUGCAGAAGUUGGCAUGGAAUCAACGUUCACUUCCUGAAGGAAGUAAUAAAAGUAAAAAAAGCUUGGCUGACCUAGAAAAAGGGAAAAGCAGAUCUCCAGUUAAAAACGGAUUGGCAGUUAUGUCCAAAGUCAGCAGAAAAUUUCCAGCUAAAGAUUUAUACCCUAGAAGACAUGUAGCUACUAUCUUUCCCCAAAGUGGGAACAGUUCUGGCUUUAGCAGUUUCUCCCUUGGCACACCAGAAUGCAACCCACUGUCCCUUGAGCCUCCUUUAAAGUCCACAGGAACCACAGAUGAGAGCAGGUUAAGUAAUGAUGGCAUAAAUGUGGAGAAAUCCGAGAACCCUCUCCAGCUUACUGCAAUAUCCAAUAGAGAAGCUUGUACAUCCUUAAGCAAUCACAAGUCCAACAACAUUUCGCAACCACAUCAAAACGAGUUUGAAAAUAUCUCAGAAUCACAACCAAAGUGUGAGAACUCUGAGGAUGUAACAGUAGCUCCGAUUUUGGAAAGAGAAUCAGGAGCCCUGGCCCAACCCACGUUGAUCAGCCUCAGGGAAGCAGACUUCCCUGACCAUCAGAGGAAGUUGAAACCCCCUUUUCAACUCGAGCCUGUGGAGAAAUCUACGGUGUGUGUCCCACUGACCAGUUGUCAGCAAGGACAAAGCAGUGCUUCAUUUCUGGAGUGUGAAAGUCAGCCACACCCCUAUCGUUCAGAGAGCUUAAAAAGCGUCAAUGUACAUGGUGAUAUACUACGAAUAAGUCAUCCUCCAAAAGUCAGAGAGCGCCAUUUUUCUGAAAGCACUUCUAUUGAUGAUGUCCUGAGUAGACUGACCCUUGGGAAUGAAUUCUCUAACAACAGCGGGUACAGUCGAAGAUUUAAAUCUUUUUCUGAACUUCCCUCCUGUGGUGAAAAUGAAAGUUGGGCUCUGAACAACAGCAGGACAAAAAUGGGCCCUAGGUCCGCAACAUCUAUAUCCAGGCCUAUUGACUAUGGGAUUUUUGGGAAAGAACAACAGCUGGCUUUCUUGGAGAAUGUAAAGAGGUCACUCACACAAGGGAGAUUAUGGAAACCAAGUUUUCUUAAGAACCCUGGCUUCCUGAAAGAUGAUGUAAUUAACCCUGCUAACCCAACAGAGUCAUCGACUUCAAAUUCUCCUAGUAACCAGAGGCCAGAGGAUGGCUUAUCUCUAAGCGCGCCACUUAAUAUCUAUGAAGAGGAUCCAGUGGACUCAGAUUGUGACACAGACACGACCACGGAUGACGAAUACUACUUGGAUGAAAAUGACAAAGAGUCAGAACUGUGAGCCUUUUUCAAUGAAAUGUAUAACCUUUUCACCAAAAGUUUAUAAUGUAAAUAAAGUGUAAAUAUGUAUGUCUAUGGAAAGGACAGAUACUAAAAAAAUCUAGUCUGGGCAAUAGCUGCUGUGAAACAAUCCAAAUUCACUUCCCCUCCUCCCACCCCAUGUAUAGACAUCCUGAAUCCUAGAGCAGUAAAUUCUUGUUUAGUGUUUUCUUCCUCUGUAUAUAUGCUUGGUCUUCUGCCACUCAGCCCCAAAUUAAUCUCUUAAUUCACGAUCCAGUUUUGUCUGUCUGCUCUACAUCCCCCUAACUUUCUUUCACCUUUCCAAUCCCAGCACAACAGCAAAUCUCUAUAUUGCAUCUUCCAGUCCACACUCCAUAUUCAUGAUUGUUAAAUAAAAUGUAGGGAUGAUAACAAUGGAGUAAGUAUUACUAUCCUGUUUGACUCAUCAACCUUUAGAAGAUUUAGAGUUUGGUUUUUUUUUUUUUUUUUCUUGAACAAAGAUCAGGGGAUUUCCAUAAGGAAAUCCUGUUUUAUCCAUAGUGGAGAAGGGAGGCACAUAUUUGAAGUGCUUAUUGUUAAGAAGUGAAUCUCUAGUAAGCCAAAGAACAUUGUUGUUGUUCAGUCGUGUCCAGCUCUUUGCGACCACAUGGACUGUAGCAUGUCAGAAUUCCCUGUC